AUGCAACAUGUCUUGUCAGAUGGGUUACCUAUCUACUGCAGACUCCAAUUCAAUGAUGAGGAUUCUGGGUGCUCACUCACAAUAGAAGAUGUUAUUAUUAUUGUGAAGCAACUGUUGAAGCAAAUCAGACACAGUAUUACUGAUAAAAGCUGGCAGGUGCAAUGGCCCCAACAUAUUUCAAUGAGGUGUCUCACAGAAGCUAUCAGCACAGAACUGGUCAGGGAGGAGUUAAUAGGGCAAUGUGUGCAGCUUCUGAAAGAUAAUGAGGCAGAAGCAUGCACAGCAGCUGCAGACCAGAUCCUAGGUAUGGUAAUCAAUGUCACCACAUAA